UUUUUAGAAAAAGACUCGACUUUGACACAACCGGUGAUUCUCAGUUUGCUCAAAUUCUGGCCCAAGACUCACAGUCCCAAAGAGGUGAUGUUCCUCAGCGAGCUUGAGGAAAUUCUCAAUGUGGUUGAUCCAGCCGAAUUUCGCAAGAUCAUUAAACCUCUGUUCACACAAUUGGCCAAAUGCGUCUCAUUACCUCAUUUUCAGGUUGCCGAACGUGCCCUGUAUUUUUGA